UUGAGGCCGAUGUAGCGAAGUGAAGGGCAGAAAAUGAAACUCAAGUAUUUCAGCGUCAUUGGUCUUGGGACCGACGACUAAUUGAAUCGACCCGGUAUAUGUAGAAACGAUGGAACCGCCAGAACUUGCAGAGGCGAAUGAACGAGAGGGAAACAAGUGGAAAUAAAAUAACAAACGGACCCACUGUUAAGUCGUGAUGCAGCUGGUACAUCCGACCCAGAAAAGAUACCCGCCCCUCAAAGAUGUCUAAACGACGCCAUAUGAUCGGGAAAGACGGCUUACAGUUUUUCCUACGAGACUCCUAAAAGAUGCCUUAAAGAUGUCGAAAAGAUGGCGGAUGCAACAUUUUCCGACAUCUUUUAGCGUUCAAAGAAGACAUUUUGAAGACAUCCAUUAUUGGACGGCCUAGGGACGUCUUUCGAUGCAUGAAAAUUAUUAUCUUCUACAUCAAUUUCCUAACACAGACCAACACAACGUAAUAUUAUGGCUCACGAGUUCGUUAAAUGCGAGGUCAAAGGGGAAACAACGCACAAUAUUGACAAACUUUUCGGGGAGUUGCUCGAUGCCAUUAAAUCUGGGAAUGAAAUUAAAGAAAAUGGUAUCACAAACAUAAUGAAAAUACUGGACUCUCUGAUCAACGUUAGCAAAACAUCUGUCGGAGAAACAUUAGAGUUUGCUAUCGAUGAUGUAUUCCUGACACUUCUAAAGUACGAGUCACCAUUAAUCAUUGCGAAAACUACAAGAGCGAUAGCCGAAAUAGCUAAGACCGAUCGAGGGCGAGAGAAAUGUACAAACCCAGAAUUGAUUAAGGCUUUAGUAGAGUUAUUAAAAGGAGAAUAUGAUAUUGAUAUUCUGACACAAGCAUCUCGAGCUCUGGGAAAUAUUUGCUAUGAAAAUGACAAGGGAAAGAUGUUGGUGGACGAGCAGAAUGGAUUAACAUACAUUUUAACAGCCCUGAAAAUGGGGAUAAGUUUAGGUGAUGGUGAUGGAGCUGCUGGAUUGAGAAAUGUUGCUGCUGGCUUUUUACUGAACUUUCUUAUCAAUCAGACUGCCUUACAAAAAAAGGCCUUGGAUGACAACGUGCUGUCAGUUGUUUGCAGUAUUUUAGAAACUGACGGCACCACAUCUGGCGAAGCAGCAACCCAUGCCAUGUUGAUAUUAGGAAUAUUAACCGAUUUGGGGCAGGAGGUUCUGGAUGAAAGAUUAACUAAAAUACUUGUUAAUAUAUUAGCGAGUGAUGCAUCACCAGAAUUAUCAGAAAUGUGCCUAGAGCUGUUACAUGGACAAGCAGAAAAUGAAAGUACAAAAUUAUUACUAGCAAAAGCUGGUGUGUGCGAAUUACUAUUAAAACUAUUAGAAAAACAUGGUCCACGCUGUACAGACGAAGAGGCGCGAUCAGUGUUGAAAGUCGCUUGCGAUUUGAUUGUCUUAAUUCUUACUGGAGAUGAUAGUAUGGAUGUUCUCUACAACGGUAGCAAUGGAGAAGUAUAUAAGAAGCUGGUCGACUGGUUGGAAAGUGACGACGAGGAUCUGCAGCUUGCGGCUGUUUUGGCAAUGGGAAAUUUUGCCAGAAGUGAUACGCAUUGCGAGCUCAUGGUUACUCAAGGAGUCCAUCGAAAAUUGUUGCGGCUUCUGAGCAAAAAUGAUAAUAGAAACUGCCCCAUAAGAUUACAACAUGCUUUGCUCAGCGCCCUUCGUAAUCUUGUCAUUCCUUCCUGCAACAAAGCACUGGUAUUAGCGGAUGGUCUCGUCGAUGUUGUUUAUCCUAUGUUAGAUAUUCCCACGUUUCCUGUUGUAUUCAAACUGCUGGGCACACUAAGAAUGGUCAUCGAUGGGCAACAAGAGGCCGCGAUUUCCUUGGGUAAAAGAGAAGAUCUCAUUAAAAGAACAGUUGAAUGGUGUGGUACAGAGGAUCAUCCAGGAGUACAAGGUGAAGCCAAUCGUUUAUUAGCUUGGCUAAUCAAAAAUAGCAGAGAUAAAGAAGUCGCAUCGUUAAUUAUAAGUCACGGAGCUAUUAAACAUUUGGUCAAAAUGUUGACUGCUCAACAUGCUUUAAUGCAGAAUGAGGCAUUGCUAAGCUUGACUAUACUCACAACUAUAAGCUUAGUGGAAUCUCAAACACCUGUGAUUGAAGCAGAGAUCGGGUCGACAAUUCGCGAUUUUCUUGAUAAACAUGGUCCUCAGAUUGAGUCUCCUAUAAUUUAUAAUACCGUAGCGUUGACCGAUAGCCUUGUGAAAUCAGAUGUGAUAAAAGAGCAUUUGGUAAAGUCGGCGUUGCCCGCAGCGUGGAAGAAACUGCUUAAAAUUCGUGCUGCAAACAUUCCCGACUUGAUGGAAAAAGUUAUGCCACUAUGCCUUUUGAUGGGCGCAGAAAUUGAUUAACUAAUGAAUACUGGAGCAGGGAUUGAGGGGGUGCAGAUAAGGCUCCAAUAGGUCUACAAUUCGCGGCCGAGCUUGCGAAACGUCGAUUACGUAAAAAUCGCGGGACAAACUUUAGUAGAAUCUUUAAAUCUCUUUACUCUAGUAAUUAUAUGAGUGUGUCUUACAAUUAUCACCCAGAGUUUUAUCUAAAGUUUCGUAUAAAUGUCUCUCUGAGCCUGCAUCCUCUUAAAGUCAGCAAAUUCAGGUAUAAAAAAAAAAAAUCCAAAAAAUCGUGGUUUCAUGUAAAGUGUUAUCUCUUCUGCCAUAAUAGGUGUUGAUAUUUCGCAU